AUGAUAGCAUCAAUUUCUUCGAAAUUUUCAGAAAAUACUUCAACCGAUGUUUCUGACUCAUCUGUAAAAAUACAACAAAAUCGGCAGUCUCCAAGACAAUCACGAACACACCCCGACACUUCGUCGGAUUCUGGCUCUCAGCAAGGCGUAAGAAGGUCCCGGAGAACGUCAUUACGUGAAAAACAGACCAAUUAUGCAGAAGCAACUAGUUCUUCAUCUUCAGAAUCAGAGGUCAAAUUAGGUGUGAGAAGGCGGCGACUAAGUUCACACAAAUCUGGAGAGGAUUCAGUCUCAUCUUCAAAUUCUGAUUUGGAAUCUCGGCCAGCAAUUAAAAGAGCUCGUUCUUCUCGUGACUCUCAAUCUCCUAAAAAGUCAAGCAGUUCUUCACUUUCUGAAAUUUCAGAAAAUUAUUUAUCUUCUGCUCUGGAUAGUGAAAGUGAGACGCAAGAACCACCGUCACCUCCCGAAACACCUAGUUUGCCACUUCAAAAACGCCGUUCAUCUCAAUCAGAAUCAUCAGAUGAUACAUCUGAAGACACUGAUAGAACCUCCGAACCUCCAUCACCUCCAGGAACUCCAAUACCGUACGAUCCAUGUAAAAUCUGUGGUGGAUUUGAACCAUUAGAUUCACAAUAUCCACUUCUGAUUGUUAUGGAAUAUCCAAUCGUAAACCAAUGGGAAGAAGCUGGCGUUGUGACCCAUGUCUUAAUGGAAGAGUUCGCAGAGCAAUUAAAGUGUGUAUUUAAUGAAUUUAUAAGAACAAGGAUUCCAAAGGGUGUAAAUAAUGCGAUGAAAAGAACUAAUGGUAAUAACUGGGUUCACGUUUUGUGUGCUACAUUUAUUCCCGAAACCUCAUUCUAUGACGCAGAAAAUGUCUUCCUAGUCAUGGACAUUGAAGAUAUUAAAGAUGAGAGUUGGGAUGCAAUUUGCUCUAUAUGUCAGAUACGUGGAGGUGCUUGUAUACGGUGUUCUAAUUAUACGUGUAAAAAAUAUUUACAUAUUACAUGCGCGCAAGAAGCAGGUUGUAAUAUAGGAUUUGAAUUAAAAUCUCCAAAAUUAGCCUCUUCACAACAAGAUUUGUCCCAAAAAUUAUCUCCAUCUAAACAUAAUUCGGAAGAAUCUCAAGGUAAUAUGGAACAGCCUAUAUUUGAUGAGAUUUCUCAAUGUGAAAUGGUCUCUAGAGUUUUUUGUUAUGAACAUUCUGAUUUACCGGAGAACUUUGUGAAAUUAAAUAUUCGCGAUUCACAUUCUCAUGAGUCGGCUCUGUAUAUUUAUAUAAAAAAAUAUAAGCGAUAUGAUCCAUCUCUUCGAGAAUACAAGCUAAAGACACGAUAUACGCUAACAAUUCCAGACCAUGUUCGAGUUGCAAUGAAUGCGUAUGAAACAUGGUACGAACAAAAUACAAGCGAUGAUGAAAUGGAAGAAGAGGAUAUGGUUGAUACUAUGGCAAAAUUUGAGGAUCUUAAAAUACAGAAUUAUAUCAUACGUCCUUCGAAUAGACAGUGUUCACAUUGUUCAGUUACACGUACAAUCAAAUGGUGGCCUGCGAAAUGGUCUUAUUUACCAAGACCUUCAAUAUUCUCUGUACGAGAU